AGAUGGAAUUGAAGGUGUGGGUGGAGGGCAUUCAGCGCAUCAUCUGUGGCGUCAGCGAGCAGACGACAUGUCAAGACGUCGUCGUCGCCCUCGCGCACGCGACGGGGAAGACCGGUCGCUUCGUGCUCGUCGAGCGUUGGCGUGACAACGAGAAGCUGAUGUCGCCGGCGGAGUCUCCCGCGCGCGCGCUCUCUAAGUGGGGCGAGUACGCCGCGGAGGUGCAGUUCAUCCUACGCAAGUCGGACUCGCAGAGCCGCCCGCCGUCCGUCCAGCAUGGAUACCUCUCCGCAAUGCCUGACUUCUACGGAGACUCCGGCGGCGGCGGCGGCGGCGGCGGCGGCGGGCGCGGCGUGCGGAAGAUGGCGACGUUUAGCGGUGCC